AUGAUUAGGAUUGAAUGUUUGAACCUGGAGCUGGAGCACACUAAACAAUGUUUAGAAGAAUCCAACUCCAGGGUUCUAGUUGAGAGAUGCCCAGAGGAUAUUCAAACCAUCAAUUCUCAGGAGGCGAAGAUUAUUGAACUCAGGGAUGAGGUUGCGUACAUAAAGAAGGAACUGAUUGACGCAAGAUCGCGUAAAGCUGCUGCCGAAGAUGACCUAAAUACCGUGAAAGGAACUGUUGAAACACUAAACAACAAUGUCAAUGCUCUCUCUAACGAAGGAGAAUUUCUUAAAGAGCAGUUAGGAGCUACGGAGAAGAGGUUGCAGGAGAAAACUAGCGAAUCUGAACAUCUCUCCAAACUUCUCCUCUCAAUCCAAUCCCAACCUGGACAGGAUGAAAAAGCCAAAGUUCAGAUUGAAGAUCUGCAGAAUGAACUACGAAUAUCCCAGGAUGAGGUGAAAGCAAGGCUGAAUGAGAUCUCCGGGAUCAAGGAUCGACUGAGAACGGAGACAGAAAUUGUCCAACAGAGAGAUAUAGAAAUCGCUCGAUUGAAUGGACAGGUUCAAUUUGUUGAAGAGGAGAAGGAAAUUCUUAAAUCGAGAUCAGGGGACGUAGAUUCUCUCCAGGCGGAGAUAAAUCUACUAAGGAACAAGCUGAACCUGGUCGUCGAGGAUCUAGAGGUUACUAGGGAGGAUAACUCAACCCUCUCCAGGGAGCUAGAGCAGCAGCAGGUUCUAUACGGUGAGCUGAGGAAGAUGCGAGGUAUGGGAGAGGAACUAGAGAUGCUCCAGCAGGCACAGAGGGAUGUUGUCAUUGCCAGGGAAAGAGGAGAAGAGGCGAUGAAUAAAUAUAACGAGGUUCGACAAGAGGCUGCCAGGCUCGAAUCUGAACGAAUGAGGCUCCUCAGAGAGAUUGCUCAGUUGAAAUCUGGUCGCGGGAUUGGAGAACAAGAUAAGAUUGAUCAAACUAAACCUGUCGGAGGUGAACCCGUCCCAUCAGUAAACCUUCAAGAUCAUGGAGUUGAAGGAAAUAACACGAAGGUUCAAGUAGUACCAGCAGAACCAGGAGCAGGAGAGAAGAACUCAGCUCUUCUUUCUCAGAUCGGAUCAUUGAAACUCUACGAGAUCGUACUUGCUAUGCUCUUUAUUAGUUUGAUUUUUUCAUGGAACCCCUACACUACUCCAAUUUAAUCUUGGCCUAGUAUCCUUUACACUACUCCAAUCCGACCUUCUCUCAGUCUCUGUACUCUACUACACUCCAGCCUUCUCCUAGUAUCCUAUACACUACUCCAAUCCAACCUUCUCUCAGUAUCCUUUACACUACUCCAAUCCAACCUUCUCUCAGUCUCUGUACUCUACAGACUCCAGCCUUCUCCUAAUAUCCUAUACAAUACUCCAAUCCACCCUUCUCCUGGUAUCCUUUACACUACUCCAAUCCAACCUUCUCUCAGUCUCUGUACUCUACUAGACUCUCCAGCCUUCUCCCAAUAUCCUAUAAAAUACUCCAAUCCAACCUUCUCCUAGUAUCCUAUACCUAACUCCAAUCCAACCUUUUCCUAGUAUUCUAUAUCCAACUCCAAUCCAACCUUCUUCCAGUAUCCUAUACCGUACUAUUUCAAUCCAACCUUCUCCCAGUAUCCUAGACACUACUUUAAUCCAACCUUCUCCUAGUAUCCUAUACACCACUCUAAUUAAACCUUCUCCUAGUAUCCUAUACAAUACUCCAAUCCAACCUUCUCCUAGUAUCCUAUACAAUACUCCAAUCCAACCUUCUCCUAGUAUCCUAUACAAUACUCGAAUCCAGCCUUCUCCUAGUUUCCUAUAUACAAUACUCCAAUCCAACCUUCUCCUAGUAUCCUAUACAAUACUCCAAUCCAACCUUCUCCUAAUAUCCUAUACAAUACUCCAAUCCAACCUUCUCCUAGUGUCCUAAACAAUACUCCAAUCCAACCUUCUCCUAAUAUCCUAUAUACACCACUCCAAUCCAACCUUCUCCUAAUAUCCUAUACAAUACUCCAGUCUAACCUUCUCCUAAUACCCUAUACAAUACUCCAUUCCAACCAUCUCCUAAUAUCCUAUAAAAUAAUCCAAUCCAACCUUCUCCUAAUAUCCUUUAUACACUACUCCAAUCCAAUCUUCUCCUAAUAUCCUAUACAAUACUCAAAUCCAACCUUCUCCUAGUAUCCUAUAUACUACUCCAAUCCAACCUCCUGCUAAUAUCUUAUAUACACGACUCCAAUCCAACCUUCCCUAGUAUCCUAUACCGUACUACAAUCCAACCUUCUCCUAGUAUCCUAAAAAAUACUCCAAUCUAACCUUCUUCUAGUUUCCUAUACCGUACUUCAAUUCAACCUUCUCCUAGUAUCCUAUACAAUACUCCAAUCCAACCUUCCCUAGUAUCCUAUACCCUACUCCAAUCCAACCUUCUCCUAGUAUCCUAUACAAUACUCCAAUCCCAGUAUUUUGUACACCUCUCUCUCUCUCUCUGGAAUUUUCUGGAUUAAAUCAGUUUAAAAUU